CUGCGCGAGCUGAGCUAGACUGGCAGACAGAUCUACCUAUCAGGCCAAUAUUUAUUUUAAAACGGGGCUUCUCCUUUGGAAAUCCCACCGCCUCUCCUGCAUCUGCCUAUCAGGAGAAGUAGUCCCCAAACGUGCUCACUCUUGUGUUUUUGUUUGAUCACUGGACGUGGAGUGGCAGACGCUCUUCGCAACGAACGGCUGGCACGCAUCGAGGUUUGCAACCCAACCGAUGUGCCUGCUGAGACGGAAUAAAUAACCGGGAGAUAAACUGAUAAAACAUCUGAUCCAAACGGACGCUUAGGGGCUGGACGUUUGCAGAGCAAUGUACUGAGCUUGGACUGUUUUUCGUGCCCGAGGAACCACACUUUUUGUGCAGUGUCCGGGAGAGGACCGCACUUGGGUUUCACUACCCAUCAAGGAACAUUUGGCUAGUGCAGGAAAAAGGCGAGAGGAAUCCCGAGAAAUCAUCGUUCUCGACCCUCUUCCUUGUGGGGAUGGUUCUUCAGACAGAAACAAAAAGGCAUCUGAGAAAUUCGAGGAGCGUUGGAGGCAGACAUCAGUGCAAACCUUGUACUCGAACUAUUUUUACCAGAAGUGCUGUUCCUGUGGACGGGUGUUUUUGUGUUUGCAGUUGACCGUUCCUGGAACUUUUAGCAGGCUGGCUGUCUGCUAGCUAGCGGUCGAGAGGAGAGACGAGGACAACUGAUUGUGGGGGGAAAUCCCGAACUAGCUAGGUAGUUGAUGGAAAAAUAAACAUAUAGGGCAUUUUUUCUCAGUAGCUAGAUUGUUAUAACCUUCACUAGCUUUUUCGCUACGUUUUUCUUAAAAGUAUUUUUCACAACUUUGCACAUGAAUUGAGCCCUUUGGUUUUGAUGCGUUUAGAGCCUAUGCUAUCUCACGUUUCAUAUCGACCUGCUUCUUUCAUAUUCGCUAUGCACACUGCACAUCUAUAUGUUUGUUUAACUUAACAAAUUGUAACGUUAUCGAACGGUGAUUCUGACCACCUUUUAUUUCUAGAGACAUUGACUAUGUGUCAAGAUAUUGCUUAAGUGGAUAGCUGUCUUCCGUGCAUUUGAAUGAUCAGAAUUUGGUCCUUUAUUUCGUUAGCCAGCUAGGUACACUACACACUGCAUGUUGAUAAAUGAAAUGGCUAGCUAAGUUACAUAGAUGGUUGGUUACACAUUGGGACACAUAACGUCACACACAGCCACCUCACUGAAUUUAGCGUGCUACUGUAUGUUACAGUAUUUAUGUAGUUAAGAAGCUAACAGACUCACAAGACAAGUGGAAAUAGCGUGUCUGGUUCUGGUAACCGGAUAAGAAUGCGGUUCUGGUCCGUUCGUGUGUUCACGGCUAAUCAGAACUGCUACAGUCGAAUUACUGACUUAGCUACGGGGCUAGCUAAUAUUAUUUUUUUUGUCGUGAAAGUAUUUUUCUACAAGUUUUUUUAAUUUUACAUUUGUAUGGUGGCGUCAGUCUCAAGUUGGGUCGGCAGUCAUGAUGAUAUUGAGCAGGAAACCGGAUGGUCCCAUCACGGCAGUUCGCCAGGGGGACGGCCUGUAUGAUUCCUACAUGCGAACGGAUCACGUCUUGAAGGGAGACGGGGACACCAAUGCGCACAACCAAUCUACUCUACCCAAGCACAACGGUGGAAACAAGCUGGCGAUGAAGGACCAGCAGCCGGGGGCGGUGCGGGGCAGCCAGGUGAUGAAGGUGCGGUACCUGUACGAGGACUCGUCCAAGGCGAAGGCCAACGUCCCCGCCAAAGCCCCGCCCCCUCUCUCCAAGGAGCGGAGCCUCGACAGCACCAGCUCGGGGAAGUCCGGGGAGAGCGCGGAGCGGGCGGGGCGGGUGGACCCGCUCACCCCCGAGGAGGCGCUGAAGCUGCACCGGCAGCAGCUGACCGCCCUGGAGCAGCAGGAGAUCCUCGGCUACCCCGAGGUCUACUUCCUGGGCCCCAACGCCAAGAAGAGGCCCGCCGCGGCCAACGCCGGCUCCAACAACAACAACAACAACAACGGCUUCGACGACGACCAGGGGGGCUACAUCCACGUGCCGCACGACCACCUGGCCUACCGCUACGAGUUCCUCAAGGUCAUCGGCAAGGGCAGCUUCGGCCAGGUGGCCAAGGUGUACGACCACAAGACGCGGCAGCACCUGGCGCUGAAGAUGGUGCGCAACGAGAAGCGCUUCCACCGGCAGGCGGCCGAGGAGAUCCGCAUCCUGGAGCACCUGCGCAAGCAGGACAAGACGGGCGCCAUGAACGUGGUGCACAUGCUGGAGCACUUCACCUUCCGCAGCCACAUCUGCAUGACCUUCGAGCUGCUCAGCAUGAACCUGUACGAGCUCAUCAAGAGGAACAAGUUCCAGGGCUUCAGCCUGCCGCUGGUGCGCAAGUUCGCCCUGUCCAUCCUGCAGUGCCUGGACUCGCUGCACAAGAGCCGCAUCAUCCACUGCGACCUGAAGCCCGAGAACAUCCUGCUGAAGCAGCAGGGCCGCAGCGGCAUCAAGGUCAUCGACUUCGGCUCCAGCUGCUACGAGCACCAGCGCGUCUACACCUACAUCCAGUCGCGCUUCUACCGGGCGCCCGAGGUCAUCCUGGGGUCGCGCUACGGCAUGCCCAUCGACAUGUGGAGCCUGGGCUGCAUCCUGGCGGAGCUGCUGACCGGCUACCCGCUGUUCCCCGGGGAGGACGAGGGCGACCAGCUGGCCUGCGUCAUGGAGCUCCUGGGCGCCCCGCCGCAGAGGCUCCUGGAGCAGUCCAAGCGGGCCAAGAACUUUGUCAGCUCCAAGGGCCACCCGCGGUACUGCACGGCCACCAGCCUGGGCAACGGGACGGUGGUGCUGAACGGGGGCCGGUCCCGCCGGGGGAAGCUGCGCGGGCCGCCCGGCAGCAAGGAGUGGGUGUCGGCGCUGAAGGGCUGCGAUGACCUCACCUUCCUGGACUUCCUGAAGAAGUGCCUGGUGUGGGACCCCGCGGCCCGGCUCACCCCCGCCCAGGCCCUGCGCCACCCCUGGCUCUUUAAGAGGCUGCCCAAGCCUGCCCUGGGGGCGGCGCGCCGCGGCGCGGACCACAGCGCCUCCUUCCCCAGCAUCAUGUCCAAACUGCCCCCCUCCGGGCCGCCCAAUCACAAGCUGCGGACCUCCAUGAUGGGCGGGGACUCUGGGGGGGGCAUCCCACUGCGCACCGUGCUGCCCAAGCUGGUCUCCUAGGAUACCGACGGACUGUCGGACGGACGAUCGCUUCUUUAUUUUUCUUUUUUAAUGACGUUUGGGGAGGGACUCCCCGAGGGUUUCACUGGCGUGGGCGAGAGGCGCUGAAAUAGCCCCCUGGAGGUUUUUAUAUAUCUAGCCGUUUUCACGAUCAGCUGGUUUUUCUGAUAGCCUUUGUAAAGGUGGUUGUUUUUAGGCUUUUUUAACACGUCUGAGGCGUGGUGUUGGAGCGGCGUGUGAGCGGCGUGAAUCCGCUGUUCUCACAGAAGAGCGUGGUUCUGAAGCGCUUCUCACAGCCGCACUGCUCGAAGGGCUCUAGACUGCUGUAAUCAGCAGAAUUUAAAAACUCGCUAAUCCUAGAUGAUUGAAAUUGUUUUUAAAUAGCAAUAUUGAUAAUGAUUUUUGUAAUAAUAAUGCUUGACAAGCUUAUUUGUGUCAUAGUUGAAGCCCUAUUGCUGUGAGAAUGAAUUCUUGGUCGUAGGAUGGCUUCAUAAAAACCCACACAAACGCACACAAAAUUGAGACUGUUUUUAUUACCUAAUCAUGGCGAGUAGACCACGUCCGUUAGACGUGGGAAGAAGUGUUCCCUCUUUGUUUUAUUUUUCCUUUUCUAAACUUGCAUGAAGGGCUUGGAACCUUGUGUUGUGUGGCUCACCAGGAAGGCGUGACUGAAGAGGCCGUCUCUCCGCGAGACGUCCGCUUGGCCGGAAUGUCGUACUGAAGGAAUUUGCGUUCAGAAUAUACAGUUUGGCACAAAUAAUAAACGUGUUUAGUGUGAGAGAUCACGGCGUGCAAUUCAGCAGCUGCUGUCCGUUAUUGGUCGCCAUGGUGACCCCUGCGGACCACGCCCACCGCAGGUGCGAGGGUGCGAUUGGAUGGCUGUUUCACAGGUGCUGUAGGUAUGCAGGUAAUAUGCAUUGGGGGCCAUUUUAAAAGUACAGCUCAGGUUAACUGCGCUCAGGGAUUCGGACAUGUGUCAGAUUGUCACUCUCUUUUAUUUAUCAAUUUUCAUAAUUUAAAGAGCGAUAGUGUUCACAUAUGGCAAUAGCAAACAUGAUUGUAGUUGUGGGGGAGUGACACUGUCAUUGAUCUGGCUUGUAGGCAUGGUUGGCAUGGCGAUUGAUCAAUAACCAGUUUCAACCAGACAGUCAAUCAUUUCAGCUAAAGUGAGAAUAGAUGGCAGGAAGAAUGCUCUCUCGGGUAAAAAUCUAGGCAAUCUAUUUUCUUCCAUUUACAAAAUGUAAUGAAGUGAUAUAUAUGUAAUACAGUGAUGAGGGUAGAACUGCAGGGCUUCACAUUUUUGGUGCUUGUUGAUGAUGCAGGAGUUGGCAUGGGAACAUUCCCCUGGAGAACCCAUACAGACGGAACCCGUAGAGAACCCUGGGGGUUUUGGGUUUUGUGCAUCCUGAACCGAAAACAAACCCUCAUUAUUUCUUUUUAUAAGCUGUAAUUAACCCAGGACCAGAACUUCCUCCUCUGCCUCUAAACUCCCUUAAACUCCAGCUGAGAUGUAAUUACUGGGUUUCUGAUUAGGGACGUGUGAAUCUGGGUAAUAACUGUAUUUAUAGUGGCAAUAUUUUAGCAGUAAAAACGAACCACUUCAAUCAGGCUUGAGGACAUGCAGAAUGAAAUAAACGAUAAGCAGGAGUGUCCUGUGUAAUGAUGUCAGGGAGAUUUUCCCCAUCCCUCCAUCCCUCCAUCCCUCCCACGGGGACUGUUUCCUCUCCGACAGUGAGACGGGACUGUAUGAAGGGCCGGGGGGGCUGGACCCCCUAAAAACACCCCGUGACCCUGUGACCCCCCCCCCCCCACAGCCUGCCUGUGUCACGGGGUCACAGGGUCACGGGGCUGUGUCAUUUCCCUGCUCACGCUGUAUUCUGCAGCCCGUUAAUCUCAGUGUUCGCUGGGUAAACACUGCUGCUCGUGUCAUUAUGUGGUCACUAUUUUCAUUUCACAGGGAAGCACUCUGUAACAGACUGUAAAAUCCUCUCAUAUUACUUCACAGGUUUGUAUUUACCCAGUGAAUAUUAGGUAACUAACAGGCUGUUACCAUAACCCCCCUCCCCUCCGUGGGGCCUGUAGCUGUGUGCCCUCCCUCUUACACACCUGACCAGUCUGAGGACGGCGUGUUUGUGUUUCGUCUUUCAGAAAACCACAAACAGUUUUAACUGAAGGAAAGUGAGAGAAAACGUAACAUGAAGCUGUGAUGACACUUUUUUUUUUUUUCAGUUUUUCUGAGGGUUGGUGAUGUGUUAAUAGCAUGUAAAUCACAUGUAAAAGAGAAGUGUGAACAUUUGCAUAAUCAUGAGGCCUGUAUAAGAAAUUAGCUUGUGUUAGUUUCUUUUUUUUAAAGAAAAUAAUAAAAGAAAUAUUAACUGAAA